AUGGCCGACGUGGGGGACCGCAUGUUCUGCCAUGCUUGUGGCGGCGUCUGGCUGCGCGAAGCUCAGGGCAUGAUCUGUCCGCACUGCGAGUCAGACUUUACUGAAAUUAUCGAAAUCCCGCCAGAUCCCGACGCCGAGCCCCCGCCCUCAUUCCACCGACCCCCCUCGCCCCCCGCCGCGGCCAACGCCCGCUCCCCGAAUCCAUGGGCAGACCACAACCCCUGGGCUCACCAGGAGGAAGAUGAUGAUCUUGAUCAAGGCUGGGGUCCCGGACAUGGGAACGGAUUCACCCAUCGCACAUAUCGGUCUCCGGACGGCCGUUUCACCUUCUCCACCACAACCUAUACCCAUGGUCUCCGAGGGGGGUCACCUCCGACCCAACAGCGACAGGCAAAUCCCGACCCACUAAUGCCGAUGGUGCAGGGUCUAGAUAGCAUCUUUCAUGGUCUCGCAAGCACCUACCGGCAGCAAAAUCGCCCAGGUGGCCAAGCCCAAGCUUCAGGCACAGAUCGCGACCGCGGGAGGACACUGGGAUCUUUUGCAUUUGACAUCGAGGCGGAGGGCCGGACCGGCACGCAGGACGGCGGUCUGCACCCGCGAGAUGCGGAUGGUCCGCAACCGGUGAAUAAUCCUCUGCGGACUCUGGGCGAUAUCUUGGAGCUGUUCCGCUCGGAUUUCGGCACAAACACACAGGCAGGUGGCACUGGCGGCGUCCGGGUGAUGACGGGGCCGAAUCCCCUCGCCAUGCUGUCCACGUUGCUAAACUUCGAUCGUCAUGGGGACGCAGUAUACUCGCAGGAGGAACUGGACCGCGUGAUCUCUCAGCUGAUGGAACAGAAUGCCAACCGCGGAGCGCCACCACCAGCCCCGCCCAGUGCAAUCCAAUCGCUGCCGAAGAAGAAGGUCGAUGAGGAGAUGCUGGGGAGCGAAGGUCGAGCGGAAUGCUCGAUUUGCAUGGACACGGUGGAGCUAGGGACCGAGGUCACGGUGCUACCUUGCAGCCACUGGUUUCACUACAGCUGCAUCGAGCUGUGGCUGAACCAGCACAACACGUGUCCGCACUGUCGACGAAGCAUUGAUGCGCCUCAGUAA